AUGGCUGCUAAGAUCUCAUGCUUCAUUAUAUUUGGAAUAAUCACUGUCGUAAACGGAAAACCGGCAGCAGACGACACAGAGGUUUACGUGAGAGAUGAAUUCGAACUCCAAAAAAUACUGCGACUGUUGGCGAAUCAAGGUAAAUUUAAUAUUGCAUUAAGGCAUCACGAAGAUGGGCUCAAAAAUCAUCACGAAGACACGGCUCGUAUAUCCAGCGACGGCAAACAUCGUGACAACUACAACAAAAAAGAAAAUGAAUAUGUUACACCGUAUUACGAUUCCAUCGACGAGGCCUACAAUGACAAUGUGUUUCAAAGUAAUGGUCAUAAAGUACAGCACACAUCUAAUGCAAACGACGGGCUAGGUCACUUACAUGAAACAUUUGAUUGGAAAGACAUGACGGUGCUCGAAAAUCUUAAAUUCCUAAACGGACAAGUGAAUAUUGAAAGAUCGAAUGUAGGAGACAGUAACGAGUUACAGGACGAUGGGUACUACGACUAUAUCAGCGGUAUAGAAAAUGGAAAAAAAAAUGGUGAAAGGCGAAAUAAACCCGAAAUUUUGGCGCAUAACGAAGACAAUAAUAACGUGUAUUUGCCAAAGUGGAUGCUUUACGAAAUCUCGAAACCCAACGUAAAACAAACCGCUAUUGUUAAGUUAAUGAAAACUUAUUUGCCCAGAUCGAAACAACAGAAAGAAAGGAUCAGAAAAAGGUUAGAACAAGAAGCAAGAGAUAAACGUAAUAAAGCAAAACAUGGAUAA